CUGGAAUAAACAUCAGCAAAUCUCCUUUCCAGUCUUGUAGAAGUCGUUAGCGUGGCAAUACAAACUAAUCUGUAUAUUCACUGUCCUUUUUUAAAGCGAUUGCUGAAUUAUUCUUCUAAAAAUGAAACUCGUUAUUUUGGCUGCAGCUCUAUUACUCGGUACGGUGUCAUACGCCGCCCCGCCGAAAAUCGUCGGUGGUAGCCAUGUGAGCAAAGGUGACCAUCCCUACCAGAUCCACCUCCGCCGCACCAUCACCUACUUUGGCAGUUUUGAGUCGUCCAGCUGGGGCUGCGGCGGCUCCAUCAUCAGCGCCACCUACAUCCUGACCGCGGCCCACUGUGUCAAAGGAAACGACCGCGUCACCGAUCUCCCGGCGUCCAAACUCCUGGUCCGUGUCGGCCAGCACAAUUCCGGGCAGUUCGAAGCGCACGCCGCCAACUACCAAGUCAAACGCGUCGCCUCCCACGCCCUCUACAACCCCAAUACCUACGCUCACGACAUCGCCCUCCUUGAACUGGUUGACCCCAUCGUCUUCACCGAUCUGGUGCAGCCCAUCGAUUUGGCCACGGUCACGCCGCCGGCCGGUGCGGAGCUGACGGUCAGCGGCUGGGGUACCACCUCGUCGGGGGGAUCCUCCAGCCAGAUCCUGCAGUCGGUCAACGUGCAUGUUGUCAGCCGGGCGGCGUGUAAUGCGGCCAAUUCCUACUACGGACAGAUUGUCGAUGGGAUGUUGUGUGCGGCGGCCGACGGGCGCGACAGCUGCCAGGGUGACAGCGGUGGACCGCUGGUCUGCUCCGAUGCCAGUGGGGUGGACACCCUGGUCGGGGUGGUGUCGUGGGGACGAGGCUGUGCUUUUGCCAACUAUCCCGGUGUUUAUGCUGAUGUGGCCUAUUAUGGCUCGUGGAUCCAGCAAAAUAUGGCUUAAACACGCUUUUUGACCUUUGUGUAAACCACGGCGAUCCUUGCCAAGAUCUCUUUUAGUUGCAUCUGCAUGUUCAGUUAUGGAAACGUUGAUUUUGUACAUACAGAAGUUUUUUGUACCCUCCAGUCUCAGCUGAAUUUGAUUGUUGGGGAAAUUGACAGUUCUUUCCUGAAUCUGGAGGCAAAUUGAUAUUAAAUUUCACGUAAACAA